ACACUAUAAAUCUCUUGGAUUACAGUGAUUUAUAUUCAGGCUUGAGUGAGGCGGGGCAAAGCAUCCUUUGAUAGAAGCAGGCAGAAGAGUUGAGAAUGAGUCUGGGCGGAGAAAGUUGCCGCUAGACGUUGUUUCUCACAUGUCGUGUAAAUGCUAGUGUUCACAGUGUCUACAGGACAAGUUAGAAAAUGUUAGUACCGGAGUAACAAACCUAGUUGCCUAAUCUUUUAAGCGGAGCGAAAACAAGUUAAGUAGUUGACGGCAGCUAACCGCAACACGGCCCAGAAAGGGAAGGAAAGCAAGGAAAGCAAGGUAAAAGCCAGAAGUCACGCUGCAAGAGGAGGACUACCAACUCAAACCUGGGAGCCACUGGAGUCCCAGGGUGCAGGAAUGGAGCAACUUAUAGAGUCACUGGAAAGGAAGUUGCAGAGACCCCUACUAGCGAAGUCCCGUACUCUCCCCAGCAUACCCCAGUCUCCUACUGUGUCCAGGGUCCAUCACUCGGAUUUCAUCGGUGGGAGUCCUCCUCGCAGGAAGAACCCGCCCGCUGCUGCCACCAGCCACCCAAAGGGCUGCACUCUGCCACCUGCAGGGGAACUGUGGCGUUUGGAAGAUGACAUGGAAGGCGAAGAUGAGCCUCAGCACGGUCGGUGCACCGAGGCCCGCCCUCGCUCCCAGUCACCCUUUUCCCACUUCCGGGCGCGAGCUGCCUACCUCCGCAAGAGCGUCUCAGCUGAUGACAACCUGGACAUGGGCUCGGACUACAGCUCUGGGACUGUAGUCGAGGGCAAGCCAACCCGUGGCAGUAAGGGCAAGCUGAAGAGAAAGUUUAGUCUUGGCUCGGCUGACCGAAAGGAGAAUCAGCAUAAAAAGUCAGAGUCAGGGAUAUCCAAAUUUACCCAUCGUCUAUCCCUGAAGGAGCGUGUGGUCAAAGCAGAGAAGACUUCCUCGGACAGACCAGCUUCCUACAGGAGACGAUCUCUUAGUGUGGACUGGGCUGACACUGCCAAGAUGACGCAGCCCAUGAGGGGGGACCAGGCCCACCAGGCGGCCCCAACCCGCAAGUCGGCCAGCCUGUCCUCACCAAGCGCGGCUCGCCGCCUGUACCGCAACUUGUCUGGAAAGUUCCGUGUGGGCACAAACCCCCCUGCCCUGGAGGACAGUGUGGUGUCAGGACGGGGAGGAGAAAAGGAGCGGCUGCGCAAAACCACCAUAUUCCAGAGUAAUGAAGCUUUGUUUGAGGCAGUGGAGCACCAGGAGUUGGACUUGGUACAGCUGCUUCUGUCCCAGUACAGUCUGGAGGAGCUGGACCUCAACACCCCAAACAGUGAGGGCCUCCUGCCCCUCGAUAUCGCUGUCAUGACCAACAACGUGCCCAUGGCCAAGCUGCUUCUGCGGGCUGGUGCCAAGGAGAGCCCCCACUUUGUGAGUCUAGAGGGCCGAGCAGUGCAUUUGGCCACCUUGGUGCAGGAGGCUGAGCAGCGGGUGUCGGAGCUUCAGGCCCAGGUUGGAAGCGAUGGUCCUGGUGAGCGGGAGGGAUCUGACCGGGAGAGGCAGCUAAAGGCCUGGGAGUGGAGGCUCCGGCUCUUCCGACGCAUGCAGACGGGCUUCGAGCAUGCUAACCCUCCAGACGCUCCCAGUGUAGCUCGCCUGUCUGUCAGCAGCAGCACCAGUCUAAGGGUGGACUUCCAAGAACCUCUCUGCGUCAACUCUGCUGUGGUUACCAAGUACAAAGUGAGUUGGAGCAGUGCUCCUUCAUUCAGUCCUUUGCUGGGUGAGAUGGUGGUGGAGGAUGCCACUCUGCUACAGUGCAACAUCACUGGACUCACUUCUGGGACUUAUUACUAUGUCCAAGUGUCGGCCUACAACAUGAAGGGCUGGGGGCCUCCACUAGUUUCGACCCCUGCCUGCGCUGCACCUUCCAGUUGGAGGGAUAUCGAUGGCCGUGCUCCACGUCAGAGAGGCCAGAAGGAGGCACUAGACCAGCUACUUGGGCAGAUAAAAGAAGCUCACCGCCACUGUGUCUGCCAUGAACAGUGCAAAGCUCCACCACAAGGGAGGAAGCACUCAGUAUCCAAAAGCCUGCGCCACCUCUUCCAACCCACCAGCAAAUUUGUUAAAAGCUUGAAAAGAGGUCUCUAUCUGACAUCCAUAUUCUACAGAGAUGACAGUGUCUUGGUGACGCCAGAGGAUCAGAUUCCUAUUGUGGAGGUUGAAGAUUCCUACUCCAGCUCGCUCAUGCAGGACUUCCUCUGGUUUACCAAGGUAUCAUAUCUAUGGGAGGAGAUUCCCUGGCUGCAGCAGUGUCUCAGUCCUUCCCAGUCGUCCUGUUCCUGUACUCUGCAGACACGCCUCAAGAUGCUGCAGGCUGUCUCCCAGCUACAGGGAAUGCUGGGGACCCAAGACCUUGGUCAGGUGUAUUUUGAGCCAAUCAAAGACAAGCAUGGUAAUGCCCUGCUGGUGCUCCUGAAGGACAUGAAUGCCUGUCCCAACCUGGAUGGGGUUCGCUGGACGCAGCUUUGCAAACUCCAGCUCCAACGCAAGUCCAUCUCGUCCCCCGAUGAGCCCACUGCCUUGGACGUGCUUCUCAUCACACUCCAUGAGAAGCUGGCGUAUCACAGGCGGAGCAGGAAGACCUUGUCUCCAGGCUUAUACCUGGGCUACCUGAAGCUGUGUACAUCAGUGGAGCAGAUCAGAGUGCUGGUGCCCCAAAAACUCCCCAACAUCCUCUGUCACACAAAAAUUCGGGACAACAGCAAUGUGUCCAGAGAGGAGUGGCAGUGGCUGCAAGCUCUCAGCUCUCUGGAGGAGUCCUUGGAAAUGGACCAUGAAGUACAGAGUGCUCCACAUCGCCUCCUACAGGACCUGCGCAGCGCCAUCAAGGACCUGAUGGCACACAUUAAUGUCCCUGGCAAUCAGGCACAGGACUUUCGUAUUUACAGCCAGGAAGUGCUGGAGUUCGGAGAGAAAGUAUCCUUCCUGCUCCUCCUGCCACCUUCAGAUGAAGUGUGCACAGCUCCUGGUCAGAAUAACCCAUACUCCCCCCGCUCUGGCUUCCACACCUUGCCCCUGCAGAUCUUUGAACUGGUCCACUUUAAUGCCUAUUGCCCGAGUUUCAUUGGCCAGUACUGCAGAGUAUCAGCUUUGCUGGAGCUGGAGUCCCUCAUGUCCCAACAGGCACUGAGGGAGGCCUUCUCUGAGGCUGAACUCCUUUCUGCUAAGAAGAAACACCAGCAGGUCCAGGAACACAUACAGCAAAUGGAGGAAGUGUGGCGUGAUGCGAGGUGGAUCAUGGACGCCUUGCAGUAUGCCCGCUACAAGCAGCCAACGGGAGGCCUCUUUAUAAGCUGGAUAAUUGACUUCUCCACUGAAGUGAUGCCCGACAAGCCUCCCUCCACCUCCUCUCAGCCAGACUUCAUGCCCUCUCCCAUGCCUUCACCUGAACCCUGCCGCAAACACUCAGAUUUUGCUGGACUAUCAGACGAGGAGGGGUCAUCUGAGGUCUUCCUCACCACCGACAGUGACUACGACUCCAGCCGUGCCCAGAGUCCCCGUGAGCUGGACCUGUUGCCCCCGUCGCCGCUCUCAUCCUCUGUGCCGCUAGAGCCCCGUGGUUUCCUACGUAGUGACGGGAGCGGCUCAGGAGGAGGGAUGUGUGGGGGUGGACGCGGAGGGGGAGCGCUAAGGGAUUCCACGCCAGAUGUCCUCCAGGCGUCAGAGCAUCAGCACGGAAGGGAAGGCGAGCGGUGUGGCGGAGGCAGAGGAGUUCGGUGCGGAGGGGAAAGGCGAAGGGGUGCCCCGGAGCUGUUUGACAGUGAUUUCAUCCUGCCCAGCAGGCAGAUCGAGCUGCUGCACAUCACAGAGAAGAGACAGGCCUUCUGCGUGAGAACCAGUAGCCUGGAGUUCCCUUCCACCACCUCAGCCCACCACCGGCCUUACUGCUGCCACACAAAUUGCCCCUCGCCCUCCACCUCGCCCCAGCGCAGAUGGCACAGGCCUUCAUCAGUGGAGCGCUGUUGCACAGCUGAACGCUGCCUACCGCCACUUCCACCAGCGCGUACGUUAUCGGAGGACAGCGGCACACAGAGACUCUCCUCACCAUCGCCUGCUGCCCUCAGGAAAGGCUGUCAUGCCACACUCAGAGUGUACCCACAGUACCGCACAGGGCUGCCAAAGGAGACCAGUGUCAAGCUUUGUGUGACUCCAGGAACAUCAGCGCGGGAGAUGGUCCAGCUGGUGGUGCAGGAGAUGAACGUAGUGUCUCGGCGCAUGCUCGGCAGCAGCGGGGGCGGCAGUGAACAGGAGCAGUGUGUGUACUACAGUCCUGAACAGUUGAUGCACUUUGGCCUUGUGCUGGUUGUGGACAAUAGAGAAAAGUGGCUUCAGGAUGAUUUCUGUCCCCUGGAGCUCCAGAACCCCUGGCUGAGGGGCAAACUAUGCGUUCGCAUUAAGGAGUAUUCGCCACUAGCGCUCACACACAGCCGGGCCACCACGGUGUGAUACAUACAGCAGAGAUAAUGAGUUCAAGAAAACGGUUAAGAGUUCAUGCCGUGUGCAGAUUCUCUUUUGAUAAAUGUGUAUUGAAAUUAAGGAACUGUUAGUACAAACAGGCUCCUAACCAGCUCCUAAACUCUAGAAGCUGUUCUCUACACUAUCUUCUCUCCCACCGUCCAGAACUGCAGCUAUAACAUAUUUUCUGCUGUGUUCAUGUUAUCUGAAAUGCUUCUGUUUCCAUGAAAUGUGUUCUCCCGUACAUUGGACUUUUUUUUUUAUGAACAUCAGAGACCCUCAUAUGGACACCAAAUGAACAAUAACAAAAUGGAACAAAGAGAAAAAGUUUUUUGUACUGUCAGAAAUCAUUGGGAAAAAACAUUGUGAUGCUGAGCAAGAUCAAUGGAGCGUCACUUUGACUUCUGGUAUGAUUGAUGCCGGCGCAUCAGGCCGUGCACGUUGCCAAAGUGACAUGGGCAGCGUCAUCGCCUCCCAAGCCACACGCGGACACGGCGUUUCCUAUGAACUUUCUCAUUGUGUCAUUCCCAAAGAGCUGUCGGCUGCAGCUGCCCGGCUCCAUGUUCCCAGGAUGUGGGCUCUGGACCCAGCCCAGAGGGCAGGAAGGAAUAGAGAAGUACAGAGGGGGGCUGGCGUCUCCGCUUGAGGACGCAAUCGGCCUGACGAUUUUGCCCGUCAGCCUGUCACUCAACUGCUCUUGGCCACUGGACUGUCUGGUGGUGAAGCAGCCAAGCAAGGGGGAGAGAGCUUGAUAAGAGCAAAAGAGCGAGGAGGAGGAGGAGGGUGGAGGCUGCAUCUUUUAGAACCUGGCACUGGCUCUCUGGUACUCUUUUUCUCCCUUUUGCUGAAACACAUGCUCUGUAUAGCAGACUCAGUCAUAGUGUAGCUAACAAAUACGAUCAUCUCGUUUUGUGAAGGAACACAAAAUAAAACCAGCUAAUUUGGAUUUUCACAACAGAGACAAAACAAGCAAUACUUAACUCUUUUUGUUUUUCUAAUAGAUGGAGAAAAGCAUGUAAACCUUCCAGAAUUGUUCAUCUAAAGUACUGUAGUUAUGCUGUGCUAAAAGUUAACCAGUUCAGUGUUUUGUUGUUUGGUUCAGUGGUAUUCCCAGAUGCAUCAGAAAAUGGUGCCCGUCAGUCUAGAGCAGCGUCUCCCAAAGGGAUUCUAGUGAUUCUAGUCAUAUGAAAGGGAUGACUCAAGUUAAGAGGCUCUGUGUUUGUUAGAAAAGUAACAUACCGUGUAUUCCAGACUGUCUCCUAAACUGCUUCAAAAUAGAAAGGACUAAACUAUAAGAUGGUUUAAAAUAUUUUUUAGAGACUUUCAACUGCGGAUUCUGAUGUGACUGAUGGGCAUCAGUAGGCUAGUUGUGGUCGCCUUGGUAAAUUGUCUACCUUUUACUGAAGGAGAAGACACAGAUAACACAGCUGUCCUUGGAAAAUUAGUAAAACCUUUAUUUAUUA